AUGAUCUCGACUACCCUCAUGACUUUCCUACUGAUUACCAAACCGGAGGUCCGGUCGGUCAAGCUGCUCGGAUCAUGGGAUAAUUUCUCCAAGCAAUAUGCGAUGGAAAGAGAUACGCGUGUCGGACCAGGACACUGGAGAGGAUGCCAUACCUUUACCGAUAUCAUAGGCGAUGGACCAGACAAGACCCAAUGGCGAACAGGAGGUCUGAAGAUGGGUGGUACUUACUGGUAUUAUUAUUUGCUCGAUAAUGAUAUAGAGUACUACAACGAGGCAGAGCCAAUGACCACAAUGUGCCCGCUUCUUCCAGGGCAGCCCAUGAAUGUGCUGAACGUUCCUAUCAUUUUACCCGACAGUCGCGCACAUGGACGCUCGGCGAGUGGCUGCUCCCAAAGAUCUGAAUAUCUUCGGACUAUGAACCCCGAAGACAAGUUUAUGAACCCGCGGAAGCCGCCGCCACAGCCCCAGCUUGUGCAUCUCCAGACAUCUGCACCGGUCCGUCGUGAACCGAGCCCUGCAGAGCCGUCGAGCAGAUCUCCGAUGGCCGGAAUUCACCGAAGUGCAUCUCAGCCGCACAGUGCCACCCGUAAGAGCCACAAGAAAGAUUCACGUUCUAUGUCUCCCCCGAGAGCCCGAGCUCUUUUGGCUGCUUUGAGGCAGCCCGCUGAGGCGGAUAGAAAGUUCGAGCCAGUGCAACCAAUGAAUGCUUCUAAGAUGGAACCGCAGCAGAAAGAGCCUAUUGAGAAUCGCCGCGAUAUCCCUGGAGUCAAGGUCAACGCCGGAAUCGCAAUUCCAUCCACAAGCUCUCCUGGCAAACUUAGUCCGUCCACCAUUCAAAGUCGUCGCGCAAUGAAAGCAACCGCUGGAGAAACAGCAGCGGGCCGUCUUCUCACAGUGCAGACGCGUCCGGAGCCCCGUAAACCAAGCUUUUCUCGUAGCGCGGCAAACGGAAUUACCGCGCCAUUUGACGAAAACCGUGCGAUCAGGGAAGCCCUGAAAGAUAUCGCUAACUCUGGUGACUUGCCCACGCCAACUGCUGCAUUUACCAAAGAAAAGAGGCUCCCUACACUUCCAAACACGCCAUCUUCAGUCAUGGAUGAAGCAGUUCGCGCCAUUGACGAAAGAGACAAGGCGAUGGAUGACGAGAUUCCGCGCAGUUACUUCUCCAGCAUGACAACAACAACAGUCGACUCCACCCACUCCCAGUUCACGCCUGAAUACAGUCGGUUCUCUGAAUGGAGCACCGAUACCGAAACCGACUACAACCCGCAUCAAUCGAUGGUAUCAGCCUCCGCAUCCAACCACCACCAGGACGAGUCUUCGACCGAAAGGUGGACAACUCCAGAUCUCUCACAGUCUGGCGAUGGCGCAACCAAUACCGACCCAAACACCCCGCACCUCACCGUUUACUCCAAACCUUCAUCUCCGAACUCGGCAUCCGGAGAACUCCCUCCUUGGAGCGUUGACCUCCCCCAACUCACCCUCUCCCUGUCCACACCUGGCCUAGACUGUUCUGGGCUGGGAAUCGAGAACAUGGAGGAAGUGGAAAGCAACCCCAAGCGCCACGCUGCCCUAUUUAGCGCUCUUGAAUCCAUGGAGGCCCUUGCGAUGUCGCGCAGCCCCAAUGGCUCCCCGAUCAUCCUCCCCCAAGUCUCCAGAGGCUCGGACACGGACCAAAAUAUCUCUACCGCAGAGCGGAAAGUGAGCGAAGCUUCCCUUGAGCGCAUUCGCUCCCGUCGCAGCAAUACCUCGUUCCAGGGGAAUGCUACCAUGCAGGAGUUGAUGGAUGAGCUGAGUUAUCUGAAGAAUCUGAUCCAAGCUGACAUGGAUGGGACUCCAUUUUGA